AUUGGGCCAAGCCCAAUUCACACGAACAAAAAUCUUCUUCACUCUCGACACACGGUGAACAAACGACGCUGAUCGGUAGUGGAUUCUCCGGCGGUGACUACUCCCUCGGACGGUGACUGGCGUUUACUCGCUCUUGAAGUAGCAAAGGCGUGAGUCUUGAAAUCUUCCAUCGGAGGUCGCCAACUCCAUGGCUUCAAGUCAUGAAGAUGAUGACUCCUCAAAUACCCACAGCUCGCCCAAGAAAGUAUACCAAGAUCCAGAUGAUGGGCGUCAAAGAUUUUUACUUGAACUGGAAUUCAUACAAUGCCUUGCGAAUCCAACUUAUAUUCACUAUUUGGCUCAGAAUCGUUAUUUUGAAGAUGAAGCUUUCAUUGGCUACUUGAAAUACCUUCAAUACUGGCAACGACCAGAGUACAUAAAAUACAUAAUGUAUCCACAUUGUCUUUACUUUCUAGAACUUCUACAAAAUGCAAGUUUCCGCAAUGCAAUGGCACAUCCAGCCAAUAAGGAGUUGACACAUAGGCAGCAGUUUUACUUUUGGAAGAACUACAGGAAUAAUCGGUUGAAACAUAUCUUACCAAGGCCCCUUCCGGAAACUACUGCACCACCACCAUCCAAUGCAGUUCCACCACCUCCAACCACCACCAUUGCUGCUGCUUCUUCUGGUGGUCCUGUGGCUGUGCCGCCAGUACUCUCGCCUAUGCAGUAUGGUGUACCUUCUGGUCCACCUCUAAAAAGUGACCCUAGGAGUGGGAUUGAUAGAAGAAAGAGAAAGUAAAAUCUUUUUAUCUGAAAGAUGGAUAGUUUGAUUUGAGGUAUUUGUGCAAUACUUCAUGGUUGAAAGAACAUAAAACUCGAGGUUUAGUGUUUCCUUUUGUAGUGUUGUCUAAGUUCUAUAUUUUACUAUUGGCAAUGAGAGCUUGAUAUUUUGUUUAUGUGUAUUCUUUUAUUAAAUUCAAAUAUACAUUUGUUUUUGUUUA